GCCCUGUUCUGAUGGAUGGCCUGCAGAUUGAUCCCCACAAGCGCCAUCUGCUCGAGGUUCGCAUGAUGAACGGUCGAUCAGCUUCCUCGGGAUUGCUCGCAAGCACGCAGCCAGCCGCGCAGGAAUCGUUGUUUGGAGGAGGCCUCUCGCAACAAGCCACGCUUGGCACUGUGCCAAUGCAGAUUGCUGACAAGGAAGUCUCGACGAAUAGUAGCCCGAUCAAACAGAUCACGGCAGUAGCAGCAGUGUCUGCAGCCUCGGCCCAACCCCAAUCGACCUCCCGCGGCUUGCCACAGGACGUCGCCGCCACUGCCCAAGCUGCACAUGACCCGCACGAACGGGCUUUGCAUCAGCAGCAACUGGCCACGCUUGGGAGCGACCAGCCUGUGCUUGCAAGCGCGCAGCAAGCAAUCAAUGCCAACAGCAACUCGCCAUUUUUUGCGUCAGAGCGCUCCAACAUGUCCCUGAUUUCUGUCUCGUCGGUAUCAAGCAACUUGGCGUCCGACUCCUUGAGCGGGGGCGAGGUGGACACUCACAUGGCCAAUCCUCUGGGGUUGCGGUCCAUCCGGGCCGACGAUUCUCGCAGUAACGACGUGGGUUUGGCACGCUUCCCGCGUCCAGAUUCGCCAGGAACGCGCAGCACACCAGCCAGCAAGCGGAAAUUCUCAACUGCCGAAGACGACAAGAUUAAGGACGGUGUUGAUCGGUUUGGAGAAGAUUUUGACAAGAUUCGUGCCGCUUACCCGGAGCUCGACCGGACCUCCGAGCAGCUCAAGGCUCGCUAUCACCGUAGCAAAAAGCGUGCAGCAUCUGAAGAUGGCCUUCCAGUUCCAGCGUCGCCCCUUCCCCAUGGCGCUUCUGCUAGUGCUGCGGUUGCGGCUGCGGCGGUUGCGGCUGUGGCUGCUGCAGCUGCUGCUGCCGUUGCGCAACGGCCCCGACCCAUUACACACUUUUUUGCUUCGGCCUCAAAGUCAACCGUGCAAACCAGCCCAAGCAAAUCCUCUGAUCCUGCGGGGAUGCAUCUGGCAUCAGCAACUCGCGCGCCGCAGGUCGUAUCGCAAGCAAGUCUCGUUGUCGAGCCGAUGCAGACAGAAUCACCAUUGACAAAUCCGAUGAUCGGGGCGGCGCCUAUUCCUGCACCUACCCGCUUUCUCGAGCCUGGCCCUUCUUCCAUCGUUGCUGCUGCGUCUGCUGCUGCUGCUGCUGCUGCUGCUUCUCCAAAGAAGGCCACGCCUUCUCCCAGGACGCCGCCGAAUGCUGCUGUAUCUCGAUCAAUUCGCCCCGACAUCAUGCAAUCUGUGCCCAGGCUGUCGAUGGCACUCCAGACUGAGCUGAGCGGCGGCGAUUUGGAUCGGCAGAGCGAAGCCGCACAAACCGCACUCAAAACUGCUCACGAGUUGGCACGCACACAGUCCGAAGAUGCGCAACGGCUUACUGUUGCCCUUCGCGACUCGAAUGAACGCCUUCGCGCCGCAGUUGCUCAGGCUGAGGAGGCGACCCAGCUGGCCCAGGCGCUCAAGGACUCGGAAGAGCGCUUGCGCCUGUCGAUGGCUCAGGCGGAUCGCUUCAUGGCAUUCAUUCCACAGCUUCUCACUGCGCAGUGCGUUGAGGAGAAGCGUGCUGCUCGUGAGAAAUGCGUCCUGGACAGUCACCGCAUUGUCAGCUUUGUGAUGAAACGCCGCGGCGCCGAGUUUGUGGAAGCGUGGCAAGAAGGUGUUGCGUUUGACGAGCACCGAGCCAAGAUGCAGGCCAUCGUCACCCAGCGCGAAGAGCUCGAUCGGCAACGAAAGGCGCUCACCAAGCGCAAGCCCGCCACCCCAAAAGCGGCCAAGGGCGGCAAGAAGGACGACGAUUCCAGCAUGGACACGACUGCAGACGGUGUGUUUGCCAAGCCCGCGUUGCCUGCUGGCACGGUUUCCAAAGCCGGCAGUGCCGCGUCAGGCACAUCUGCCCAAAGCGCGACGAGCAGCAACAAUCAGUCCCUCUCCGCAUCGUCAAGCAGCGACGAGAUGUCGGCGAUGGAGCUGUACGAAUUGGAUGAGAUCAUCAAGAUGCGACAGCUCAUGCUGAAAAAGGAGGAAACGGUCCUUCUUGAGCAACUCGAAGAGCUCGAACGUGAUCGCAAUCUCCACAUCCGUGAACUCAAGCGCAUCCGCGAUGAGGAUGGCUCCCGUUUCAACAACAACCCCACACUCAAUGGCCGCUACCUGCUUCUUACUCUUCUUGGCAAAGGGGGCUUUAGUGAAGUGUACAAGGCAUUUGAUUUGAAGCAGUGCAUGCAUGUCGCUUGCAAAAUUCACCAAGUGAACAGCGCGUGGAAUGAGCAAAAGAAGGCGAAUUUUGUCAAGCACGCUUGCCGCGAACUGAAAAUUCACGAAAGCCUCGACCACCCUCGAAUCGUCAAACUCUACGACGUGUUUGAAAUUGACGCCAACUCGUUUUGCACGGUGCUCGAGUUUGUCGGUGGAAACGACCUCGAUUUUCACCUCAAGCAGAACAAGAUGCUGCCCGAGCGUGAGGCGCGCCUCGUCCUCGUUCAGCUGUUCAGCGCACUCAAGUACUUGGCCGAGCUCAAGUCGCCCGUCAUUCACUACGAUCUCAAGCCUGGCAACCUGCUGUUGAUGAACGGCGAGGUCAAAGUGACCGACUUUGGCCUCUCGAAAAUCAUGGAGCUCGACCAAACCAACGGCGAGGCCUCGGAGGGGAUGGAGUUGACGUCGCAAGGUGCCGGCACCUACUGGUACUUGCCUCCCGAGUGCUUCCAGAUGGACCCGAAGGCGCCGCCCAAAAUUUCGUCCAAGGUGGAUGUUUGGUCUGCCGGCGUCAUCUUUUAUCAAUGCCUGUAUGGCGUGAAGCCGUUCGGCCACAACCAAACCCAGCAAGCCAUUCUGCAGAAUGGCACCAUUCUCAAUGCGCGGCAGGUUGACUUUCCCGCCAAACCCGCAGUGUCUCAAGAAGCAAAGGACUUUUUGAGACGCUGUCUUAUGUAUUCCAAGGAACAACGCCCUGACGUGUUAACGCUGCUGCGCGAUCCCUAUCUGCAAAUGAAGAAACCGCCGAAAGACUAAUGUGUUUUUUCGUUUGUUUGCCGCCGGCCCCAGCUUUUGUCACCAGCUUUCGUCCUUGUAGUUAUGUAUUCAUUGUAUAUCUCCAUGUAUCUUCGAGUCAACAUCGAUGAGCAUUGAAAACAAGUCAAAAUUUCGC